CGCGACUCAAAUACAGGAAGUGCUUUUAAACAGCCAGAUACCCUUAGCGAUAUCGUUUCAUGAUGCUGAAUGACAGUGAAUUCGCAACGCUGAGAAACAGAUUCCAAAAAAAUGCCGAGUUACUCCGACAGGCUACAACCACGUCCCCCGGCGAAGACGAAAAGUGUCCAGGUGAAAAAGAUGUCAGACCUCUCCCCCGAAUUAACAAGCACUCUGUUUUCUGGAUUGUGGCGUCAAUAAGUGUCACCUAUUAUGUGGAUUUCUUUCGUGUCAUCAUUGUGAAUAAUGACAUAAAGAGUUGGUGGUUUAAUGUGGGCCUGCUGCUCCUUGGGAUUUGCCUGUGUCUGGCCACGUUUUGUAUUGUGUACCUGGAGUGGUUCCGAGGAAUCGUGCACUAUGACCAAGAGUACCCUGCAAUCCCUCCUAUCACCACCGCUGCAUUCAUUGCUGCAUCUUGCAGUUUUAACAUUGCACUUUGGCCAGUCUGGUCCUUUUUCACUCCACUCAUCCUCUUCACGCAGUUCAUGGGUGUGGUCAUGAUGAUUUCUAUGCUUGGAUGAACGUGACGGGUAUAUGGGACAGUCAUAACGUAACUCAGAGGGAAACCAGAACUACAAUGUGGCCUGCAACAAAAAUGAGUUUGACAUCCCUGCUUUACAGUCUCUUAAUGUCAUAAGUUGUCCACCAUAUUGUCAAGGAGUGUGAUACAAAUUCUUCUCCCCUCUGGUUAUUCUCCACUUCUUAUUGUUGUGUACUCUAACCAAGCAACACAUUUAUCCUAACAUCAGACAGUUAUUUGUAGUUAAUGAAUGAAACUGCCCUAAUGAUAGCUGAUGUGGGGGUGUCCUGAGUGUAGAGGAGUAGCUUUUUGCUAACGCAAUGAUUAAGCAAAAGCCUAGAGAUCCCUGUCAAUCAUUCCAAUAAUUAGAGCACAUUGUGUUCCAAACUCAGUGGACUACUGAUAAAGUAGCAUUUGCACAACAGUAGUUGGGAAUGCACAUUCAUGUUAAAAACCAAAACCUAUUUACUGUAGUUCUACUCUUCUGUCCCGGUAAUACACAACAGCGAAGACAAGAUGGACUACAUGAAGAGUCAGCCAAAGCAGCUUGAUGGAAUCCAGAAAUUGUUCCUUUCCAUUCUACAUGACAAUGAUGAUGUGGAGACUGAUUUUUUUUAAAUUUGUGUUGAAUAGCGCACUGACGUGUCACGAUAUGACUAAGCAGCAACAAAAUUAUUUGACAGGCAGUUUGUGUUUAAGAAUGUUAAUAUUCCAUUAAGUGUAUUUUGUUCCUUUAAUAAAAUAAACUACUUUUUAUAUUUUCAAA